AUGGAUCCUGAGAUGAAUAUUAAUCCAGGGGACGAUGCAUUUCGCGACGAUUGCAUCCCUGUUGUCUUUGUUGCUGCAAUCUACUUUGGUUUUUUCUUUAUAAGUUUCUUAGGAGGCUCUAACGAUCAUCCUCAAAUCGAGGUGAACUCAGUAUCCAUCGAUAACUUUUCAGUUUCCGUUUCAGAGUCUCAGUUAACUGGUAACUGGAGUGUUAUUUUGUCAAUCAAAAACCCUUACAAAGAUGAGAUAAUCUCGUAUUCGAGUUUCGAACUUCAUGUCUCCUACAAGAAAGAAUUUAUAUCAGGAAGGAUGGUCAUCAAUGGUUUUGAGCAAGCCGCUGGUCAAGAGAAUUUGUUCGCCGCAGGAUUCAGCCUCUCAUCAGCACCAAUUUCUAGCCAGUCUGCACGUCGAGUUGAAGAUGAGUUGAUUGGAAGCCGAGUUAUAGAAUUUGACGUGAUGAUACACGGAAGAAUAAAGAGGUUUGCAAAUGAAGGAUCGAGAUCUAGAGCGAUGCAUUAUAAAAUUACAGGUUCAUGUGAGAAUUUGAAGGUGGGAUUUGGGUCCAAUUCCACAGUUGGAAUAAUGCUGAAUAGCCCUUCCAUGCAAAGUGCGAAGCCGACGAGCACGCUAGCUGAAUUAAAAAUUGUAUUUAGGGGGCAAAGAAGAAUGAUUGGUUUUUAA